ACAAGACAGUUGUUUAUUAGAUGUUGCAGUAAAAACAACAGAAAAAUACCUUAUCAAACAAACACGUAUAAUGAAAUUCAUUGUAAAUAUGCAACGAAAUCCGAAACCUGUUUGAUAUGCAACGGGUCUCAUUCGCUCGGUAUCGCUCUAGCAAUAAUCUUGUCUGCAACAUUUUAAAUAAUACAUUUUAGUGUAAAUUCAACAAUAUCUGCAAAGUACAAUACUACCAAAUCAAACGGAUAAAAUGUUAAGAAGGGUGGUUGUUAUAACUGGUUGCGAUAGCGGCCUAGGCUGGGCCGUUGCUGCACGAUCAGCCCGUGAAGGUUUAGUUACAGUAGCUGGUAUGUAUGGAGGAACAGAGUCCCGCGCAGCAAAAGCGCUAAAUGGUUUGAGUGCUCAUACGCAUGGACUGGAUGUCACUAAACCCGAAAGUGUUACAGAAUUUAAGGACUAUAUUGAUACUCUGGUGAAGGAUAACCCUGGGUACAAACUUCAUGCUGUAGUCAAUAAUGCUGGGAUAAUGACUAUAGGCGACUACGAAUGGCAAACUCAAUCGAUAAUUGAAAACACGAUAAACGUGAACCUACUAGGAGCCAUGAGAGUAGCCUCCGCAUUUCUGCCAGAGCUUAGAAGAAUUGCUAUCGAUAAGCAAGAUAAAUUGCGUCCUCGAAUAAUAAACAUAGCAAGCCACUGUGGCCUGCAACCGUUACCUGGCUUUGGGCCCUAUAGCGCGAGCAAGGCUGCUGUUCUGGCUUGGACUAAGGCAUUACGGCUUGAACAUUAUCAUCAUGGGUUGACUGCUGUCGCUUUUGUACCGGGUGGCUUUGUGACUAACAGUAAUCUGCUCAGCUCUCAAAAACAACAAAGUUUAGCAAUGCUAGAGAACCUUGAUGAAGAGCAAAAAAAGUUUUAUGGAAGAAGAUUAAAAACGCUUACAGACUACUUAGCAUUGGUUUCACAAAACACCAGCUACGACUCCUUAAAAGAUGAAAGUAUAAUAGAAACCUAUAUGAAAGCUUUAUUGGAUGAAAAUCCAAAGGAACUGUAUAAAGUUGAGUCAGGGAGAUAUAAUCUUUAUUACAACUUGUUAAAGAUCCCAAUGCCUGAAAGUUUUCAACAGUGGUUAAUUAACAAAUUUCUUAGUUUUCCAAAAAAGCAAUAAGUAAUAUUAAAAGGAUCAAUUCAGAAAUAGAGAGAUACUCAAUAUUCCUGGAAAUUGAAAGUUUAUGUCAGGUGUUUUACUUAAUCAAAAAUAUUGGAGGUUGCUUCACUGCCUUCAUUAAUUUUCCCUGUAUUUUGUAUCGCCAUGAAUGUGAAAGUUCUAUUAGUUAUGUAUAUCUGUUAAAAUAAGGAUGUAAUAAAUCAUUAAUAAAAAUUGAGUAUACAAAAUAAGCAAUCUCAGUACAGAGUACCUACUAAAAAAACCAACUUCAAAAGUUCGUGGAA